AUUAGUAUAGAAAGAGAUAUUAAGGAGAGAGCUUAGCUUAGUAACAAUGAAGGAUCAAGAGCAGAUGGGAGAUGAGAGCGUUGUGUUAUACAUAAUCGCGCGCGACGACCAUACAUUUGGUUCAGGACAAAUGUUCGCGGAGCACAAUUUCCUACCAUCCCAGACAGUUGAAGACGUGAAGGCCAGGAUCGAAGCUGCAUACGGCAUAGCCAUCGAGCGACAGACUUUGUGGCUUGGCAGAAAUAAGUUGACGAACAACAACACGCUAGAUUCCUAUAAAAUCAACCGUCCCGCUGUUCCCACGGCCGUCCACUUGGAGAUUGCUGCGGCAGCCAACGACGGUUUCCCGAUCACUGUCAACCUGGUUUCACGUUUCUUCCGACUUCCAUCCAUGGCAAUCACUUGCAAGGAAACGAACAAGGUGGCAGAGUUGAAGAAGCUUAUACUCGCCAAAUGGCCGCCUGGGUAUGCCAGGACUAAAAUUAACCUGUUCUGCCAUGGCAGGAUGCUGGCAGAUGACGAGGCGACUUUGUUGCACUAUCUGGUGUCUCAUGGUGCUGUAAUUCGUGUUAAAUACUGGAUCGAGGAACCGGUGGAUCCCUUUCCAUAUUGCGUGACCCGCAAACUUUUAUUCGAUCCCCCAUUUUUAAAAGAUGAUGAAUGUUCACACAUACUUACUUUAAUUCGAAAAUGAUACUGAUGCAUCUGUUGGGCCUUGUGGCCAAUUUUGGGGUUUAGUAAUUAGGUAUUAUUUCUUAUUAAUUAAUUGAUGGGUAUUAUAUUAUAUCGUUUAUCUUUAGGAUGUUUAAUAAUAAUAUUAUUAUUCAUUGUCUUUUGAGAAAGUCAUUGUUUACGUAUUGGUUUCGGAUUUAUUUACCUUGUUUAAGGGGAAAGAGUUUGUGGGAUUAGUCCUAUAUAAACAUGUACUUUUGCUCUUCUUUUUCAUUCAAGUAAUAAAGUUCAGUAAUUAGU